AUGCUUGACACAAUAUCAGAGCUACCUGGCCUUUGGAGCGAUUUGGUCGCUAGAUUCCCCAAGCUUAAGGCUAUUCCUGGUGAAAAAUAUCUUAAAAACCUGGCAAACUGGUUCAGCACCGGAGUUGUGGACCAAGCGACAUUUCAACUCCCGAACGUUAUCCUCACGCCUCUUGUGGUUCUCACCCAGCUUACGCAAUUCUCACGGUAUCUUUCCCUGCUAUUUUCGAACGUCUCCACUCAGGGCCAGGACCUUCAAACGGCGUUCUCUAAGCUUAAUGUAGAGACAGUGGGAUUCUGUACUGGGCUAUUGAGUGCUUCAGCAGCUUCUAGCUCAUUUGAUAAAGCCAGCUUCCAACAAUAUGGAGCUGUUGCGAUACGACUCGCAGCACUUAUUGGCGCCUUCGUUGACGCACAAGAUGUCUCUGAUCGUUUGCACGGCAGAUCAAAGUCAUUUGCCGUGGCCUGGACCUCGGAGUCUAAGUUGAGGGAGAUGGUUAGAAUAUUAGACGGGUUUCCAGAGGCAUACAUUUCAGUUCUUUACGACGAGAAGCGAGCCACAUUGACUACCGCCGAAGGUACGGCCCCUUUGUUGGUACAGCAGCUAAGAGAAGCUGGUGUCACAGUCGCAGAAGUUGGCCUCCGAGGUAGAUUCCACUGUCAAUGCCACCAUGAAGAUCUUGGUGAUAUCAUUAAUUAUUGCGACUCCAACCCGGCCUUUCAGUUUCCAGGAUUGUCCGACACUGCCGUAUCCAUAAACCUGAACCCUACCGGCAAGAUAGAUAAGGAAGAAAAGCUUCAUCAUGCUGUAAUCCGUAUGAUACUUGUGGAGCAAUCCCAAUGGUACCAAACUUUCGCCUCCGUACAGACAUCGCGGCUUAAAUCCAAAGGAUCUACCGUAGUCUCGUUUGGCCCAGAUCGUGGUGUCCCACCGUCGUUAAUGCGUAACCUUGGCGCGCAUUUUCUUCAUGCUACAGAUCUUGACCAAGCUGGACCCCAGCCAGUUGACAGUGCCCUCGACCCGUUUGCGGUCUCUAUUAACCAAGGCCAAAACGCUGGUUCUGACGAUGAAAUUGCUAUUGUCGGAAUGUCUUGUCAAGUAGCUGGGGCUGACGAUCUUGGAGAAUUCUGGAAAAUUCUCUGCGAAGGCAAAUCGCAGCACAUUGAGAUCCCAGAAGAACGCUUUGGUUUUGAGACCCAAUGGCGCGACGUAGAUAAGACCAAGAAAUGGUACGGCAAUUUCAUCAAUGAUCACGACGUUUACGACCAUAAAUUCUUCAAGAAGAGUCCGAGAGAAAUUAUUUCAACAGACCCUCAACAACGACUGAUGAUGCAAUGUGCGUAUCAGGCCGUCGAACAGUCGGGAUACUUUCAUCAAUCUUGCCCCGAUACGAAUAUCGGAAUUUAUAUUGGUGCUUGCGCAGCGGACUAUGAGCAUAACGUCGCCGGUUACCCCGCGAAUGCCUUCACCGCAACAGGCAAUCUAAAAAGUUUCAUUGCCGGCAAGAUUAGUCACUAUUUUGGCUGGACCGGCCCUGGUCUCGUUAUUGAUACAGCAUGCUCCUCUUCCGCUGUAGCUACACAUCAGGCAUGCAGGGCUAUUCUCAGCGGCGAAUGCUCAGCUGCACUUGUGGGUGGAGUUGCUCUUAUGGGCAAUAUUAUCUGGUUCCAGAACUUAGCUGGUGCAUCCUUCCUAAGCCCAACAGGCCAAUGCAAGCCGUGGGAUGAUAAAGCAGAUGGAUAUUGCCGAGGAGAAGCUAUAGCUUGCGUGUUCUUGAAGAAGAUGUCUACGGCUAUUGCGGAUGGAAAUCAAAUCCUUGGAUGCAUAUCCAGCACUUCAGUCACUCAAAACGAAAACUGUACGCCCGUUUUCGUACCAAAUAGUCCAUCUCUCUCCCACCUUUUUAAAGACGUCAUUCACAAAGCAAAGAUGGAAGCCGAAGAGAUCUCCUUCGUUGAGGCUCACGGUACCGGGACACCGGUAGGAGACCCUGCAGAGUACGAGAGCAUUCGUCAAGCGCUUGGUGGGCCUACGCGCAGUAAGGCCCUUUCUCUUGGAUCGGUGAAGGGAUUGGUCGGACAUACGGAGGGUGCCUCAGGCGUCGUCUCACUCAUAAAGACAGUCCUUAUGAUACAGGAGGGAAUUAUUCCACCCCAGGCUAGUUUUGAUACCCUUAGCCAUCACAUCAAUGCUUCCUCAACAGACAUGAUGGAGAUACCAACUAAACCGAAACCAUGGGACGCAAAAUUUAAAGCCGCCUUAAUUAAUAAUUACGGAGCCUCGGGGUCGAAUGCUUCCAUGAUCGUCACACAGCCAUUCCAAAUCGGCCAAAGUAGUAAUUACCCAAUCCAUUCUGGAAGCUCCAAGCAUCCGUUUUGGAUCUGUGGACUGGACGAUAGAAGCCUGCGUGAUUAUUGCACCAAGUUAUUGAACCUUAUCAGGUCAAGGAACAUAUCGGUGAACGAAAUGUCAAUAGCGAAUUUGUCAUUCAAUAUUUGCCGCCAGUCUAACCGGGCCCUUGAACGAGGCCUCAUUUUCAACUCGAGUACUAUUGAAGACGUGGAGGACAAGCUCGCAGCAUUCUCUAGAGGAGAGGGGAGUAUAUCCUCCACCGGCUCUAGGAAAACGCCCCUACCAGUCAUAAUGUGCUUCGGUGGCCAGAUUUCAACCUUUAUUGGCCUGGACAAAAAUGUUUAUGACAGCGUCAGGAUCUUCCGCUGCUACCUUGAUCAGUGCAAUGCUGUGUUUUUAUCUAUCGGCUUAGAUGGCAUUUACCCAGACAUAUUCCAACGAAAACCUGUUGAAGACACCAUAAAGCUACAGACAAUGCUAUUCGCAAUUCAGUAUGCCUGUGCAAAAAGCUGGAUUGAUUGUGGCGUUCAAAUUGCCGCUGUCGUAGGUCACAGUUUUGGUGAGCUAACCGCACUUUGCGUAUCUGGCGUCCUCUCCCUCAAGGAUACUGCGAAGAUGAUAGCUGAUAGAGCCCUGCUGGUACGAGACUCCUGGGGCACUGACCGAGGAUCAAUGAUGGCAAUCGAAGCGGACCUUGAAGUCGUCCAAAAUCUUAUAGCGGAAGCAGGAGAGAAAUAUCCUGACGGGGCACAAGCUACGAUCGCUUGCUAUAAUGGCCCAAGGAGUUUCACGCUCGCUGGGUCGACCGAAGCUAUUGAUAACAUCGCAAAGAUGGUGGCCGAUCCGGACUACUCGUCGUGUACUAGGACCAAGAAGCUCAACGUGACCAAUGCAUUCCAUUCAACCCUAGUUGAACCAUUGAUGGAAGGCUUGGAGGGGAUUGGGGAUGAGCUCAACUUUAGGGAAGCUGUCAUACAACUGGAAAGGUCAACUGAGGAGUCUUAUACUGAGAUAUCAUCGGAAUUCGUGGCUGAACAUAUGAGAAAUCCAGUGUACUUCAAUCAUGCUGUCCAAAGACUGGCGGGACGAUAUCCAUCCGCAAUUUGGCUUGAAGCGGGUUCGAACUCUACUAUAACCACCAUGGCAAGCCGAGCCCUCGGAUCUCCUUCGGAUUCUUGCUUCCAAGGGAUCAAUAUUACUAGCGACAAUGGUUUACGAAAUCUCGCAGAUGCCACAACAGCACUUUGGGAGGCUGGGCUAAAAACUGAAUACUGGCCACAUCAUGCACUCCAGACAUAUGAAUACGGUCAUAUUUUCCUCCCACCAUAUCAAUUUGAGAAGGUUAAGCAUUGGAUGGACCUCAAACAACCCCUAAAGACAACCGUUCAGGUAGAAAGGGCCCCAAAAGUAAUAGACCAAGAGGUACCGACCGGUCUCUUGACAUUUAUUGGCUACCAAGACGAAGAACAACGCUCUGCCCGCUUCCGUAUCAACACUUUUACGAAGAAGUACGAAGAUUUCAUUUCGGGCCACUUAAUCGCAAAUACUGCCCCUAUUUGCCCAGCCACCCUCGAGGUCGACAUGACAAUCGAAGCACUCAUGAGCAUUCGUCCAGAUUUCGCCGCGAAUGACCCCUCUCGAUUUGUUUGGAUAGAGUUCGAGGCCCUUGACGUAGAGUGCCACUCCUGGAGCUGGAAGAUUAUCAGUAACGUGCCAGAAAAGCCUAGGUCAGAAACCGAACAUGUGCAUGGCAAACUGAUUUUCCGCUCCGUUCAUGAGCCUGAGUAUGAAGCCGAGUUCGCGAGAUAUGAGCGAUUGGUCCGCCACGAACGGUGUCUCGACAUCCUAAAAUCGGAUGACGCCGAUGACAUAAUUCAAGGGCGAAAUAUCUACACGACCUUUUCUAGUGUCGUCGACUAUGGAGAACAAUACCGUGGGGUGAAGAAAAUCGUCGGUCUUGGAAAUGAAUCCGUCGGGCGUGUCGUAAAGAAAUACACGGGAGAGACCUGGCUCGAUACUCAUCUUUCUGACUGCUUCAGUCAGGUCGGCGGGAUUUGGGCUAACUGUAUGACCAACACCGCACCUGAAGAUAUGUUUAUCGCAAGUGGGUGUGAGCUUCUGAUUAGGUCUCCUAAAGUACUGAAUGACAGUCCCCGGCCGGAGAUGUGGCAUGUAUACGCCCACCAUCAUCAAAAGUCAGAAAAGGAGUAUACUACUGACGUCUUCACAUUCGAUGGGACGAAUGGCCAACUUGUAGAAGUCAUGCUAGGAAUCAAGUACGCGAAAGUUCCAAAAGCCUCUAUGCGGAAGAUUCUCACGAGACUCUCACCUGGUGUCGCAAAGCCAACACCACUAGCAGCUCUAGAUUCAAGCACGCCAGAGAAGACAACUAAUAUUAGCGCAUCACCAAACAAGCCAGCGAAGAAAGCUAAAUUGCCAAAGGUAAAGAAGGAAAAGAAGCAGCGGUCCGGAAAGCCCGAUAUCAAGUCAACCGUGAAAAGUGUCCUUUCAAACAUUUCAGGCAUCGAUGUUGAAGAUAUAAAAGAAGACACCGAACUAGCCAAUAUUGGUAUCGACUCCCUCAUGGGUAUGGAACUCGCACGCGAGAUUGAAACUGUAUUUGAGUGUCCCAUGCCGGCGGAGAAGCUAGCGGAGGUCUUUGACUUCCCUUCGUUGGUCGAUUGUAUUAAGUCUGCCUUACCGCCGGUCGAGGGCGGCGUUUCCGAAGAAGAGGAUGAUAAUAAGACGGAAUAUUCUGUUGACGAUGAUGACGAGUCAUCGAAAGACUCCGAAACCAUUUCCUCUGCCGAAGACUCUGCUGCUGAGGACUCAAAGCAAAAUAGUACCACUUCAGCUUCGAGUGUCAGCGGCUCGUCAACUAAACCUAGAACGUCCACGCCCUUUAAUGGAGCUGUACCGUUUGCAACCAGUGGAGAUAAUCUCAAGAUCCCAGCAUCGGCCAUCCUAGAAUGCUUUGGCGAAGUAAAGAUGAAGACUGACCAGAUGAUUCAAGAUUACAAGUCUGAUAAUUUCGCCGAUAUAAUUAACCCGAAGAUUACUCAACUUUGCAUUACGCUUACCCUUGACGCCUUUGAAAAGUUAGGGGUUUCGAUAAGAACAGCGAAGGCCGGCCAAGUGCUUCAGCGCAUCCAGUACGCCUCACAGCACCGGAGGCUUGUGGACUAUCUGUACGAGUUACUAGAGAAAGAAGCGCGGCUCAUAGAGAUCGAUGGGACUAAAGCUGUUCGUACAGGUAUAUCUCCUCCUACGAAGUCUAGCAACGUUCUUUAUCAAGAACUUCUUCGAUUAUACCCAGAUUGGAACUAUGCAGUAAAGCUCACCCAAUACGCUGGGACCAGAUUGGUGGAUGUCUUGACAAAUAAGACAGAUGGUAUCAAGCUCAUCUUCGGAAAUGACGAAGGUAGAGAACUGGUGGGCGGUCUUUACUGUGACCAUGUUUUCAACAGAAUGAACUACCAACAAAUGGCAGAUGUCGUUGAAAAGUUGAUAUUAAAGCUUCCAAUGAGAGAUGGUCCUUUGAGAAUUUUAGAAUUAGGAGCUGGCACUGGAGGAACGACGUUAUUCAUGGCACCUCUUCUAGCGCGGCUUGGUGCUCCAGUAGAAUACACAUUUACGGACCUUUCGGCAUCGAUGGUUGGUUUGGCGAAGAAGAAAUUUAAGGAAUACCCCUUUAUGAAAUUCUUUACUCACGACAUGGAGAAGCCAAUUCCCGAAGAGCUCAAAGGCACGCAACAUCUUGUUCUUGCCAGUAAUGCGAUUCACGCGACUCACGAUUUAGUCAAGUCGUGCGCUAAUAUCCGUGAGUCCCUUCGUGAAGAUGGGUUCAUGAUGAUUUUGGAAAUGACGGAGAUCGUCCCCUUUGUCGAUAUCAUUUUUGGGCUUUUAGAGGGAUGGUGGCUUUUCGACGAUGGCCGCAAGCACGCUAUCGCCUCCCCAGACAGAUGGGAGAGGGACAUGCAAACCGCAGGGUUCGGUCAUGUCGAUUAUACCGACGGUCAUCUCGCCGAAAAUAAGAUCCAGAAAGUCAUCAUGGCCCUCGCUUCCGGUCCGACCUACCCACGUCUACCUAUCCCCGAGAAGCCGGCACCGAAGCACGAGGUGACGGAUUUGGUAGCUCGGGAGAAAGAUAUAUCCAACUACGUCCGGAAAUUCAGCGCCGGCUUCGAGCCCCCAACAUCAUCAGAGUCAGCACCGCUACACAACGACGCCCAGUGCGUGUUGAUCACGGGUACUACCGGUAGCCUCGGCUCACACCUCGCUAAGGAAUUUGCUGAGCGCCCCGAUGUGAAGACUGUCAUAUGUCUGAAUCGAAAUAGUAAAACCGACCCCCUUGAGCGUCAAAAGGGGGCAUUUGCUUCCCGGGGAGUCGUCCUAGAUGACACUGCCUUUGAAAAGCUGCAGAUUAUCGAGACGGAUACUACCAAACCUAAACUCGGUCUUUCCGACAAAGAAUACGACUCCUUGGUUCAGAAUGUGACCGGUAUUCUACAUAAUGCAUGGCCUAUGUCCGGCAAACGUGCCUUAAAGGGGUUCGAGGGCCAAUUUAAGGCUUUGAGGAACUUAGUCGACCUUGCCAGAGAGGCAGCCUGCACUCGCCCGGCUUCCGCUAAAAUCACAUUUCAGCUAAUUUCCUCUAUUGGGGUGGUUGGCUACUACCCAUUAUGGAGCGGUAUCACUAGGGUGCCGGAAGAAAGAAUGGAAAUUAAGUCUGUGCUGCCUAACGGUUACUGCGACGCCAAAUUUACGUGUGAGAGGAUUCUUAAUGAAACUUUGCACAAAUACCCUGAUCGGUUCCGUACCAUGACAGCUAGACUUGGUCAAAUUGCCGGAUCUACGGUAACCGGCUAUUGGAAUCCCAUGGAGCACUUCUCAUUCCUUGUUAAGUCCUCCAAAUCGUUGAAGGUGCUUCCAGACUUUGAAGGUGUCCUAUCGUGGUGUCCGGUGAACAGUAUGGCUGCUGUUCUCACAGAACUCCUGCUUUCUAACGUAGCGCCUCAUGCGAUCUACCACGUUGAUAACCCGAAGCAGCAACCAUGGCGCGAAAUGAUCGGGACCCUAGCCGAUGCGCUCGACGUGCCCACCUCGAACAUAAUCCCAUUCCGCGAGUGGGUAUCCAAAGUCCGGCGGUCGCCGUUGUCAAUUGAGACCGAUAACCCCGCCGGGAAGUUGAUCGAUUUCCUAGACGAUCAUUUCUUGCGCAUGUCUUGCGGCGGACUGAUUUUAGACACGAAGAAAUCAUGCGAACAUUCGCCAACCCUUGCAGCCACUCAACCUGUUAGUGUGGAAGUGGCGAGGAAAUACGUCAAAGCAUGGGAGGACAUGGGGUUCUUAUAUUAG